GGAAAGUUUCAUACAAGUCGCUUGGCCAUCUAGGCCUUCUCCCUCGAGUCAUGGGGGGUGAGAGAACAAAACACAUGUGCCAAAACGAUGUCCCAUUUGUAGAUUGGCGUCUCUCAGCUCUUAUGGACCUCCGAGUACUUCACAGAACUUUAGAAAAUAAGUCGACCAAGGCGAAAUGUCUCAAAUACCUGCUCUGAUAGAACAGUUCAGGCCAGACCUCGUGAGAUAUGAGAAUUUGUACAAGAAGUUACAUGCGAACCCCGAGCUCUCCCACCAUGAAGUCGAAACAGCAUCGUUGAUCGUUCAACAUCUCACAGGAUUGAGUGGUGAGCUUGACAUUCGGACCGGGAUCGGAGGCAAUGGGUUGAUCGCAAUUCUGCAUAAUGGACCAGGGCCAACUGCUUUGCUGCGGGCUGAUAUGGAUGCCCUGCCAGUGGCCGAACGAACCAACCUCGAAUAUGCAAGCCAUCGAAAGCAUCUGGGCAAAGACGGUCUGGAGAGACCAGUCGCGCAUGCAUGCGGACACGACGUUCAUGUCGUAUGCCUCCUGAUUGCUGCGGAAGCUCUCAUCAACGCACGAAGAGCAUGGGCUGGAACGAUUGUUUUUCUCUUUCAGCCGGCCGAAGAAGCUGGUGAUGGUGCGCUCGGAAUGGUGAACGACGGGUUGUAUGAUGCGUCUCGUCAUAACUGUCCUCUUCCAGACAUUGUUCUGGGACAACAUGUCGCGCCAAUUCGAGCUGGAAUUGUCACUUCCAAGACUGGCGCCAUCAUGAGCUCGUCAGACAGCCUCAAGGUCACAAUCUUUGGUCGAGGUGGGCAUGCCAGUAUGCCCCAUCAUUGUAUCGAUCCCGUUGUGAUCGCGAGUCAUAUUGUGGUCCGUCUUCAGACAAUAUCGAGCCGCGUGAUUCCUCCGGACGAGGUCGCCAUUAUAACAGUUGGAUCGAUCCAUGCUGGUGAAGCUGAAAACGUGAUUUGUGACCAUGCAUUUUUUACCAUCAACAUUCGAACGCUCAACGAGGAGGUCAGACUGACUGUCCUCAAGCACAUCAACAGCGUCAUCAAAGCAGAAUGCGAAGCCAGCUUUUGCGAAAAGCCUCCUCAGAUCGACCAUCACAUGAGUCUUCCAACUACCUCCAACGCCGCAGAUGUCGAGACGAGGCUGCAAGCAACUCUGAGAGAGUUCUUUGGACCAGUCUUUAUGGUGGCUCCGAAAAGCAGCUUGGCGAGUGAGGAUUUCAGUAUCCUUGCCAGUUCUAUUGGCAAACCGUACUGUUUCUGGUUGUUCGGCGGCACUGAUGCAGAGUUAUGGGACAGGAUGGAGGCGCAAGGGAAGUUGGAUAAAAUUCCGAUCAAUCAUAGUGCGGAAUUUGCUCCUGUGAUAGAACCGACGCUCCAAACUGGUGGCGAUGCGAUGGUUGCUGCAGCUCUGACAUUUUUGGGACAACCGUCUAGCUAGUAACGCCGUAGAAUGGUAUAUAAAUAUCUUCAG